AUAGUUAAGUAUAGUGAGUACGUGAGUACAGUGGGUACCUUCCUGCGCUAAAAUCCAAUAAAUUUAUAAAUAAUUUAUAACGAUCCGACAAGGCAUAUUUAUCCAGUAAAUGAUGUAUAAUUUACACAACGCGAUACAUUUAUAAAUAGACACUACUAAAGUUAAUUUAAUUACUAGUUUUGAAUUCUCAAGGUGUGAAGUGACAGGUGCAUUUACGCCCCUUUUGAUUUUUAUAAUGACGUCAUAACAUUGUUUAACCGAAUUCUUAACCACAAUCGGAUGCGUAUGACAGAGAUAUCGACACCACUACCCUUUCGAAUAAAACGAACGUACGAUUUAAAGGUAAAAUGUCACAGACGGCCUUACCACCAGGUGGAAUGGAACGCAGCAUUCACGAAAUGCUCAAGGAUGCUCCAUCCCUCAACGAGAGUGAAAAUGCUGUACACACGGGAACACCACCACCUCAUGUCCCAAACAAUCAUACCACUGGCCCACCGCGACCUGCCACCAUUAAUUUACCCGUAGGCAGUCCAACGUCACAAAACUCAGUGACGGUAACUACUCCUAGUUCACCGCUUCAGAAUGGUGAUGCUCAUACACUACGCCCUGCUCAAAGCAAGAUUGAAAGUAUUAGAAACUGGAGUAUCUCCACUUAUAAGUGCACCAAGCAAUUGAUGUACGAGAAACUUGGUAAAACAUCGCGCACAGUCGAUUCUGAGCUCGAAGCCCAGAUUGAAGUCUUGAGGGACACGCAGAAAAAGUACUGUAACGUAUUACGAUUAUCAAGAGCCUUGGCAUCUCACUUUCAUCAUGUUGUACAGACCCAGCAUGCGCUAGGUGAAGCAUUUUCAGAGUUAGCACAGAAAUCGCCUGAACUGCAAGAAGAGUUUCUUUACAAUUCAGAAACGCAAAGAAACCUUACUAAAAAUGGAGAAACACUUCUAGGGGCCUUAAAUUUUUUUGUCUCGUCCGUUAACACUCUCUGUAACAAAACAAUUGAGGACACACUGCUAACUGUUCGUCAGUAUGAAACAGCAAGGAUAGAAUACGACGCAUAUAGAACGGAUCUGGAAGCACUGGCACAAGCAGCAAAGACAGAUGCAAGCAGUGCAGCUAAGAUGGAAGAAGCACAAACAAAUUAUGAACAGCAUAAACAGAACUUUGAAAAGCUUCGAGCUGACGUCUCUAUCAAACUAAAGUUUUUAGAUGAAAACAGGAUCAAAGUAAUGCACAAGCAGUUGCUGCUGUUUCACAAUGCCGUGUCAGCUUAUUUUUCUGGGAACCAAACAGCAUUGGAGGCCACAUUGAAGCAGUUUAACAUCAAAGUUAAAUCUCCUAAUUCUUCGCUACCGUCCUGGCUAGAGCAGUAGAUGUACAGGUUGGAAACGUCCGAUUGUUAUGCCUAUGAUGAGAUAUCUACAUCAGCAUUCCUCGUGCCAGACAAUGAGAUAUAUUCUCGUUUGCCAGACCCUUUCAGUUGAAGGGAAAGCUGUGCCAUAUACCAUGCAGUAAGGUCCAAUGAUACAUAUAGGUUAAAAAAUAUAAAACUUAAAAUAAUAUCUGGAACACAAGUGAAUUCUAUUUUAAUUUGACGUGAAAUUAUUCAUGUCACAAUUAUCAAUAAUCUUGAAUUCACCGUUCCAAGCCAUAACAUGCUAUGCUCAUAUCUUGAACUAGUAUUUCAGGUUGGUAACUGAACCUGUAACUUUUGAAGUGGUGAAAUACGAUGAGGAUACUUUGCUAGGAAUGCAAGGAUUUACAACAGAAAAUAGUGUACAAUUUCCAACUUUAAAAUUAAAUUUUUUCAAGUGACUAGAACUAUCAGCAAGACACAUUGUAAAAAGGAUUAAAUAUUUAAACCUGAAUAAUCGACAAUUCUAAAAUCUGAUGUCUUAAAAAUCAUGACAUUCAAUAUACCUCGGGUACGAUAUAUUUUAAUAAAUGACAAUAGUAAUGCUUAAUGACGUGAUAAUAAUGAUCUAUAUCUCUGUAAUCUUUUUUAUUUUGUGUCUGUUGCAACUUGGUGUAUUUGUUCUUGCUCUACAUUUCUAUUGUGAUAAAAAAAUAGCGCAUGAAACAUUGAUUAUAUUAUUUUGGAUGCAUUAGUAAUGAUAUUAUAUUACUGAAUUUUUUUUAGAUUUUGCCUAGCCAUUUUCUUCUAAUCUGUUGCGAUCAUGAGUGAUAAAAUAAUCAGACCAUUUACUUAUAGUCCGGUCAAUUUAGACAUAAAAAUAGUGAUCGAACCACAAUAAUUCCGACAGAGCUGAACUUUGGUCGAGACCUUGGGUUUACCAUUAUAAAGAAAGAUAAAAAAUUCCCCAUCGAUACCAUGUGUGCUAAAAAAGUUAUUCAAGGUCAAACGUCAAAAUUUUUGGUUUUUUCGAUUUUUCUCGUUAACGGUUAAUUUUAUCAAAAAAAUAGCUUAAAGUAAAAUUGUAGAUCAUAAAAUUAUCCACAAAAAUGGUCUCUAUACUUUUUUUCCUAAGAAUCGUCAUUUCUGAGAUAUCGCGAUUCUGAAAGUCGAACGAGUUACAUUCCAUAUAAUAUGCACGCAUAU